AUGCCUAUAAGUGAUUUGAAUAACGAUCAUAUAUUGGAUAUUGUUGUUGCAAACUCUGCUACAAACAAUGCCGGCAUAUUUCUCGAAAAAGAUCAUGGCACAAACAGUAUCGAGAUACUUUUUGCUAAUGGUAGUAAACCAUUUUCCAGUUCAACAAUGUUUUCCACAGGUUUUGAAUCUCUUCCAUGGAAUGUCGUAAUCGGCGAUUUCAAUAACAAUCAUCAAAAUGAUAUUGCUUUUACUAAUUAUGGUAAGACAAAUCUUGGUAUAUUACUUGAAUAUGAUAUUUCCGUAGCUAAUAAUAACACACAUAAUAUCGGUGUACUGCGUGGAUAUUGCAAUGGAACUUUCCAGAAGACAACGUUUUAUUCAACUGAAGCUGAUUCGAAUUCAUACUCAAUAGCUCUUGGUGAUUUAAACAAUGAUAAUUUGAUAGAUAUUAGCGUUGCUAACAAUGGAAGUAAUAGUAUAGGAAUAUUUCUCGGAUAUAGUAAUGGGACUUUUGAUAAGCAAAAAUUAUAUGCUAUUCCAUAUAAUUCUCGUCUAGUAUCGAUUGCUUUAGGCAAUUUUAAUCGUGAUGGUUGGACAGGUAUUGUUAUGGCCAAUGAUCAUGCUGAUAACUUUGAAAUUUUUCUUAAAGUAUGUUAA